AUGCUCGGUGCCAGCAGUAGCGAGGAGGAGGACAGCAUCCACAGCUCGGAUCGCGAGGAGGUAGCUGACGAUUUCGGCGCCUUCCUAAUCAGCCGCAAUGAAAGCCUGUCCGUGCGGUCGCUCAGUCUAACCGAGUCCGACCAACUGAGCGCCUGCGAUUCAAACAGGGGUGGCGGUGGUGGCAGCGCCAGCAACACCCUGCCCUUACCUGCAUCCGUUUCCCGAUCGUCGUCCAUCAAGUCGUUUUGCGGCGGCACCAGUACGGGCGAUCGGCUGAACACCGAACUCUCGACACCUGAACACAAGGUGUCCACCGAUGACAAGGAAAGGUAA